AUGGAAAGAGAGAGACAAAGCAGGGCAGGGACUUCUAGACUAGCCAGGGAAAUCCCCUCAGAAGCUGUUUGCGCUUUAUCCGCUCUUGGAGCUGAUGUUGGGACUCGCUUUGAACGAGCCCUAUCGCCUGCAGAAGCGACGAAAGAUUUAGUGGUACGUAAAAAACGUAGCAUAUUUAACCUGGAAUCUAACCUAUCAACAGAAGCAACCGUGGCUGAUUCAUUUUCCAUAGGGAUCAAGAGCGUACUCUCCUUCCUAUCUUUGAAAGAUAAUGUUGGGUAA